AGAAUGGGAUUUUACAGCAGUGAGGUUUAUUCCGACCUUGUAUAAGACAUUUUAGCUGUUAAAACGUUGCGGUAAGGAGCCACGGUAUUUCUUGCAAGAAUGAAGUUUCUUUUCGGGUACUUAACCUUCUUGGGACUUACUUUGGCUAUCGGAAGUUCUGCCGCUAAAGAUUUCCAGACCUGCUACAGCCCAAGUUUUGACGAAGGCAUAGAGGAAGUCAUCAAGACUCCCCGGCCACAUGAGUACCUUACUGCCGAUUCAAUUCCAAAACAGUGGGAUUUGAGAGACAUUCCCGGGAAAGGUAACCUGGCCAGUGUGACACGGAAUCAACACAUUCCCCAAUAUUGUGGCUCCUGUUGGGCUUUUGGAUCAACCAGUUCAAUAUCAGACAGAAUCAACAUCCUACGCAAGGGAAAGUGGCCAAGUAACCUCCUGUCAGUCCAGAAUGUCAUAGAUUGCGGGAAAGCUGGCAGCUGCAGAGGUGGUGGUUCACUGAGUGUGUAUCGUUACGCUCAUGAACAUGGUAUACCAGAUGAAACGUGUAACAAUUAUCAAGCCAAAGACCAGAUAUGCACGCCAUUCAAUCAGUGUGGAACCUGUACCCCUCAAAAAUGCUAUGCUAUAAAAAACUACACCUUGUGGAGAGUCAGUGAAUACGGCUUUGUAAGAGGACGUGAGGAGAUGAAGGCCGAAAUUUACGCUCGGGGCCCUAUUUCCUGUGCUAUCAUGGCGACUAAAACCUUUGAAAAUAAGUAUCAAGGAGGAAUCUACAAAGAAUACAAUAAAUUCCUAAAGUUAAACCACUGUGUGUCAGUCGCUGGCUGGGGUGUUGAAAAUGGUACAGAAUACUGGAUUGUGCGCAAUUCCUGGGGCGUGCCCUGGGGAGAGAGAGGCUGGUUUAGAAUCGUAACAUCCAGUUACCAAGGUGGAUGCCGGGGAGACUACAACCUGGGCAUCGAAACAGAAUGUGCAUUCGCCGUUCCGAUUGUAGAAGAGUACGACAUAUAAGAAGAUAUCACAGU